UUGCACCGUGGGAGGGAAGUGCGAGAGAGUGGAGACAAAAAGAGGCGCUUCGAUUCGGACAACGGCGGAUCCUUCGGACGCUUUCCCUCGUCUCUUGUGCCUUGUCGUGCCCGUCCUCUCGCUGGGAUAAAGCCGCGAGAGAGGGAUAGGGAGAGAACAGAAGGGUGAGAAGGAGAAGCGGAGGUUGGCUUCUCCUCUGCGGCGAAGGAAGCAGUCAUGGAGUGGACGACGUGCUUGAACGAGUACGAGAAGCUCGUCAUCAAGAUGGACACCCCAAGGGUCGUCAUCGACAACGCCGUCUGCGCCACCGCGACUCUCGUCAAGGUGGAUAGCGCGUCGAGGAAGCACGGCGUUCUUCUGGAAGCCAUCCAGGUCCUCACCGACCUCAACCUCUCCGUCAAGAAGGCCUACAUCUCCUCCGACGGCCGCUGGUUCAUGGACGUCUUCCACGUCACCGACCAGUUUGGCCACAAGCUCACCGACGACAGCGUCAUCUCCUACCUCGAGCAGUCUUUGGCGACGGGGAACCCGGAAAUCGGCACGUCGCAUGUCCGCGAAGGGCUCACGGCCAUGGAACUGAUGGGGACCGACCGCCCAGGCCUGCUCUCCGAGGUCUUCGCCGUGCUCGCGGACCUCCGAUGCGGCGUGGUGGAGGCCACGGUGUGGACGCACAACGGCCGCAUCGCGUGCCUCCUCUUCGUCAAGGACGAUCUCUCCGGCUCGACCGUCGAGGACGCCCACAGGAUCCGCCGCAUCGAGUCCCGCCUCCGCCAAGUCCUCAAGAGCGACCACGACGUCCGAGGAGCCAAGGCCGUGGUCGCCACCACGUCCGUCACCCACCCUGACCGCCGCCUCCACCAACUGAUGCUCGCCGACCGCUACCACGGGCACACCUCUCCGUCAUCCUCCGUCUCCGUCCAGAACUGCGUCGAGCGGCGCUACUCCGUCGUCAGCGUGCAGUGUCGUGACCGGCCGAAGCUUCUGUUCGACGUCGUGUGCACGCUGACGGAAAUGGAGUACGUAGUGUUCCACGGCACCGUCGACACCGACGGAGAUUUAGCUCAUCAGGAGUUCUACGUAAGGCACAACGAUGGAACCCCCAUCAGCUCGGAAGCAGAGAAGCAGCGAGUGAUCCAAAGCCUGAAAGCAGCCAUCGAGAGGAGAACAUCCGAGGGCACAAGACUGGAGCUUUACAUGGAGGACCGGCCGGGGCUCCUCUCCGACGUGACCCGGACGUUCCGAGAGAACGGGCUUCUGGUGACGAGAGCAGAGGUGGCGACGAAAGCCGGCAUGGCGUCGAACGUGUUCUACGUGAGUGACGCCGGCGGGGAAACGGCGGACCCCAAGGCCAUCGAAGCCGUCCGGCGGCGGAUUGGCCUGGAGCGCCUCAUGGUGAAGGAGGAGCAACGCCCAAGGUUCCAAUCCAAGGAGUCAGCUGACGGUGACGAGGCACAGAGUGGCGUGGGCAUCGGACUGUUCUACUUAGGUAGUUUAGUGAAGAGAAAUCUGUACAAUCUGGGGUUGAUCAAGUCAUGUUCUUAGCUUCCUCGUCUUCCUCUGCUUCUGUGUCUGAUGGGCCACCACUGCAUGACAGAAGGUGGGGGAGAGGGAGUGAGACAACGGAGAGCACAGCAACGGGGCCGUGCAUUGUGACAGAGAGGAGAGCAGAGAGAUGGUGAUGGUGUUGUUGUUGUUGUUGUUGUUGUUGCUGCUGCUGUUUGUUAUGGUUUAUGGUUUAUUGCACACACAUCUUUUACAUGCUGUGUGCAUUGAUGGUUA